GGAAGCUCCAGACGUCAGUUGAACAUGGCGAUGAGCUGGAGAGCUGUCAGCCGCACACAGAGGAAAACAAACGCCGUCAGGGCCACGGCGCUUCUCUGAGAGCCAGCGACGGAUUUCAUUUGACUGCUGAAGCUUCCCCUUGCGCAUUCAUCCGCAUUUCAUCUUUUUCUCUGCUACUUCUAGGACGUACGCCGAAGGAAGAAGGGGGGAGGCGGUAGAGCGGAGUUGACAGCUAACGUUGCGGGCUCAGCUAACGUUUACCUGGACGGUCUGACCACUGCUAACCAACGCUUAGGGAGCUAGCUAUCGAUCCCAUCAAGCGCUCAGCUGCUGGGGUUAACUCCUGGUGUACUAAAGCGCUAUUAGCCAGUCGAUAAUAACACGGCAUGAUUCAGUGAACUGUUGCUCUGUGUUGCUCGUCACUCAUGUCCAGGUAGUCCGUUUAAAUCUAACCUGUGAGUUGUCGUAUGCCGCGUUCGUGUUGCUUGUUUUAGUCGUUAGUCGAAUAGAAAAAAAAUGUCAGAUAACCAGAGCUGGAACUCCUCCGGGUCUGAGGAAGAUCUGGAGCCGAGAGAGGAGCCUGGACAUCCCGUUGGAAUCGCCGAGUUCAGCGGAGUCCUCAGUAAGUGGACAAACUACAUCCAUGGCUGGCAGGACCGUUGGGUUGUGCUGAAAAACAACACGCUGAGCUACUACAAGUCUCAGGAUGAGACCGAAUACGGCUGCCGAGGCUCCCUCUGCCUCACCAAAGCCGUUAUUACUCCUCAUGAGUUUGACGAGUGCCGCUUGGACAUCAGCGUAAACGACAGCGUGUGGUACCUCAGAGCUCAAGACCCAGAGCACAGACACCAGUGGAUCGACUCCAUCGAGCUGCACAGGAGUAUCAGAGAAGGCAGGAGAGACAAGGGAGGAGUCCAGGGAACAAUAAUCAUCCCUCCACCACUGGCUGAUUCUGGGUAUGGCUCUGAAUCCAGUCUGCGGAGACAUGGCUCCAUGCUGUCUCUCACAUCAGCCACCAGUGGCUACUCUGCCACCUCCACGUCCUCCUUCAAGAAGGGCCACAGCCUGAGAGAGAAGCUGGCAGAGAUGGAGACAUUCAGAGAUAUCUUGUGCAGGCAGGUGGACACACUUCAGAAAUACUUCGACAGCUGUGCAGAUGGUGUGUCCAAGGAUGAGCUGCAGAGAGACAAAAUUGUGGAGGAUGAUGAAGAUGACUUUCCAAACACCCGGACAGAUGGAGAGUUUCUGCACAAUAACAAUGGCAGCAAAGAAAAGUUGUUCCAGUCCUUGAGUCCCAAGGGAAUCAAUGGCAUAGACUUUAAGGGUGAGGCCAUCACAUUCAAGGCAACCACAGCUGGGAUCUUAGCCACUCUGUCGCACUGUAUCGACCUCAUGGUGAAGAGAGAGGACAGCUGGCAGAAGAGACUGGAUAAGGAGAUGGAGAAGAGGCGAAGAAUAGAGGAGAGCUAUAAAUCAGCCCUCAAUGAGUUGAAGAAAAAGUCCCACUUUGGAGGUCCAGAUUACGAGGAAGGUCCAAACAGCCUCAUCAAUGAGGAUGAGUUUUUCGAUGCGGUUGAAGCUGCUCUUGACAGACAGGACAAAAUAGAAGAACAGUGUCAGACGGAGAAGACGAGGAUACAGAGAUCCAGCCCCGUCCCCCCUGGAGACGUCUAUUCCAGCACCGGCACACACAGAUUCUCUGACAAGCCUCAUAGUCAGUCCUCCCCUGCUCUGAUAGUCAGGGCCCCUCCUCAUGACGUCCACAGAUUCAGCGCUGAGGUGGAGGAGAUGGUGCACAAUCACAUGACCUACUCUCUGCAGGAUGUUGGCGGCGAUGCCAACUGGCAGCUGGUUGUAGAGGAGGGAGAAAUGAAGGUGUACAGGAGGGAGGUGGAAGAAAACGGGAUUGUACUGGACCCACUGAAGGCCACUCAUUCAGUGAAGGGAGUGACCGGUCACGAGGUCUGCCACUACUUUUGGGACACCACCUACCGCAACGACUGGGAGACCACCAUUGAAAACUUCAAUGUUGUCGAGACACUGUCGGACAACGCAGCAAUUGUGUACCAAACACACAAGCGGGUGUGGCCGGCGUCUCAGAGGGACGUGCUGUACCUUUCUGCCAUGAGGAAGAUCUUGGCCAACAAUGAGAAUGACCCCGACACCUGGCUGGUCUGCAAUUUCUCCGUGGAUCACGAUGACGCGCAGCCAACCAACAGGUGUGUUCGUGCCAAAAUCAACAUCGCAAUGAUCUGCCAGACGCUGGUCAGCCCACCAGAGGGAGAUAAAGAGAUCAGCAGAGACAACCUCCUGUGUAAAAUCACCUACGUCGCCAAUGUGAAUCCUGGAGGCUGGGCUCCGGCCUCUGUGCUCAGGGCUGUGGCGAAGAGGGAGUACCCCAAGUUCCUCAAGCGCUUCACCUCCUACGUGCAGGAAAAAACUGCUGGCAAGCCCAUCUUAUUCUGAGACCUAUGGUGUUGAGACAUGAGGACGGAGCUGCAUCUGAAGCUGAGGACCUGCUACCUGCUGCUCUGCUGCCAUGAAGAAACACCUUCCUCACAGUGAAUUUCCCCUCCCAGCCACAGGUUCAUCCCAGUACAGGAGGAAGAGUUCUACUGGCCCCCUCUGGUUGCUGCAUUCAAAAUCAGCCUGCGAGACCAAACCUUGACCUCUGAGCGAUAUUCAUAUGAAAGAACCUUCUCCAGUUGAUUGAAACCAAGCAGUAAUUCAUCAUUUCACAGACAUUACUGCUUGGUUUCUUUCCCCUUCAUCGUGGUUUAAUUUACAAAAUACUACAUGAAAGUAGUGUAAGAUGAUUUGAAGUGUCAGUAAAACCCUGGUUAGUGUUUUUACAUUUGUCUCCUGAGAUAAAUGCGCCCAGCUGUGGGCCGGCUUGUUCCUGUCCCUCCUCCUGCUGCAGCAGCAGCUCCUGAAGCCACAUCUUUCAUGCUCACAUAGGAGACCAGUUUAGGACAAAUGUGUUAAUAUAUAAAUGUAUGUAUGUUCUGUAAGAAGUUUGUAAAAAAACAAUGAAACAAAAAUCUCACUCAAUAGACUGAAAAAUGUAGCUCCUAUUUUGUGUUGAUUUUUCAUAUUAUUCAUAAAUUGUGCAAUUUUCCUAGUUUGUAAAACACCAUAAAUGAUUUGUUAGUAGUAAGUCCAGAGGGCUGUCAUGAACCGAUGACCCCUAUGAUGUGAGACUUCACCUUUUCAUCUCUCUCAUGAAAACACCUUUUCGGUGCCGACGGAGAGACGAAAGAUUUUCAUUUAUGUCGCGUGCAAAACAGACUUUGUGUACAUUAUUUGCUCGGCUUUGUGUUGUUCAUAUCUUUUAGUGUCAUAACACACGUUUGUGAAUGAAUUGUAAAUAGUGUCACUAACAUUUUCGCUGAAGGUCUGCAAAGCUUUUUUUGUGACUUGAGCCCAAAUGCCUUAGUGUUACAUGAAACGCUAGAUUCAGACGGGACACCGGGUGCUGGUAGCGCACCUUUGAAAUCACUAGUGAAGUGCCUCAUGGCUACGAUCCCCUUAUCGAUGUCUUUCAGAGUCUUAUUUCAGCUUUGUCUGACCGUAUAGUUACUGAAUGGGUGCGACGUGUUACUUAGUUGUUUUUUUCACAUGUUCUAGUAUUAUGAUGUCAGAUUCAUUUCAGUUUCAUUUCACUGUCAGCCUCCUCAACUUUUCAGUCAGUAUUUCUGGGAUUUGUUACAUGUGCAGUUAAACCCAUUCUGUGUCUUUGCAUCAUGUAUUUUCUGUCUAAAAAUGUUGAUAAUACGUGUGCAGGACUGUUAGUUAAGGAUCUACUGUUUAGUUGAGGUUUUAUAGGAAACAUUGUGCUUUCAAUUGAUGCUUGUUUUACAGAAUAAAAAUGCAAUUCUGGACGUUACAGUUAACACUGGUUAAAAUGGGUCACUUUUUUUUUUAAUAGGACAUUUUUUAAGCACACAGAAAUAUGGUUUUCAUGAUCUUAAUGAGGAAGUUUCCAGACAAUGCUUCACAAAGUAGAGCACCAGAGUACAUUUUUAGUUGCAUUUCCACCCCUUUGACAGCACAAAAUGUUUUCCUGGUGACGGAUUUGUAGCUAUUUUAUCAGUCUUCACUCUUACGCCUUUGAAUUUAGAGCUAGAAGAUGUGGGUGAAGUGAAGCCACAUGAUGCCCCAGGCUGAAGCUCUCUCACCUAAAGUUAACAUUUCUAAUGCUGGUUUAGUUGUUGGCAUGUUGUUUAAGCUGAAUGUAAUUAGAAAUACUUUUUUUUUUUGUAAAUAAUUUGUUCAUACUAAUGCUGUGGGAUCAACUUAUAAAUGUACUGUGACGACAAUGUGGCACUUCUUCUGCCCUGUUUUAAAAGUGAAAUAAAUAAGUUUAUCCUCCUGUU